AUCAUUUGUCAUUUUUUUGACUUUGACAGCGAGUCAGUGGCCGAUUGCAUGGUUGUCAGUUGUGAUUAAAUCCACAUUAAAUAUUUACAUUCCAUUAUAUUAAAUAUGAGGUGACGUGGAUCUAGUUAAAGUUAAAAGUCUAAUCAUUCCAGUAGUAGUCAUAAAUAUUUAAUUGUAUGUUAAAAAUGGCAGGCGCCCCGGUGAAAUUAGGUUCUUUUAUUUCGCUUUGUGUUCUGUUUUAUGCGGUUUAUUUCCGCGGUAAUGACAUAGGUGAUGAAAGAUUAUCACCUGUGAAGAAUCAUUUGCUGUUUUUGGAGAGUGAGAACAAAGUUGGUGUUGGAAACAGUCAGCCGAAGGUAGCUUUAGGUUAUGGAGCAUGUCACGAUUUAUUCGUGAAUGCAACGUCGCUUCUAGAUUACAGAGAUCUUAAAGGCAGCCCUGAACACUUUAAUGAGAUCUCAAAUAAAGAAGAAUUUAUUAAAAGCUUUACUUAUUUUUUCAAACAUGGUGCAGCUGCUGAGCGAUUCAUGUCUAAUAGCAAAUUAUAUGAUGACCUAGUGGAACAAGCUCUUAAACUGCCAGACACAAGAUGGGCUAUCGGUGGAAAUGCACCCUUAAUGGCAAAGAGAUUCUUCCUUGAAGGUUGGAAAGUACUUUUUGGGGCAAAGAUGAGUAAAAAACUGAAAACUUACAUCCCCGAAGAAAUUCUCAUAGUUGGUGAUAAUGAAAAUGAGGAAGUAAAAGAUGAUAUUCAUAUGAUAUUAGAGUAUAAAGCUGAUGCAAUGUUUGGUAAAUACAAAGCUCCAAGAGCUAAUAGAUACAUCAUGCAUAAUGAUGAGAACAAUCCAUUAUUAAGUUCCUUAGAGAAGGUUGGUGAACAUUUGCCGAACUUCAAACCCAAUUUGCUAGUCAUUAGUGGUCUACAAAUGAUGGACAACUUCCCUUUCAAACAAGAUGGUAGAGACUUAAGAGCGGAAAGACUAGAUCUAGUCAAGGAACAAAUUUUAUCACAACCUUUGAACACAUUAGCCCAUUUUGAGAUGGCAAGUUAUGUUGAUCUAGAAUUACUUCAACAUCUUACAACUAAAGUGUUGCCAUUUGUCGACUCGGUUGGUAUGAAUGAACAAGAAUUAUCAAACCUAAAUAGUGUAUUAGAACAUGGCCGCGUUGUUGUGGUCGCUGACUCCAAUCCGAGAGUAGCGACAGCACUUGACCAAAUGAGGAACACAUACAAACUUAUACGCGAGAAGAAUACCGCAUUUGGUAGUCAAAGAAAGUUGACAAGAAUGCAUGUACACACUUUAGCGUAUCAAGCAAUUUUAACUGUACAAAAUUCCGAUUGGAAGAGAACUGCUGCAGCAGCUGCUAAAGCCUCACUGACCGCACACAGAUAUGUCUGCAAUUCAAAGAAUAUUAACCUUGAAAAGACGAAAUUGUUACUUGAUGACAGCUUUUCAACAACUACGAGUAAUGAUAAUAAUAGUAGAGUGUUCUUCGAGCCUAAUAAACCAGUGGCAUGCUGGGAGGAGACAAUUGAAGGUGACAAAGUUGAAAUAUGUGUCGCCCCAGUACUCAUUUGUACGGAAGCUCAAUUGACUGCAGGUGCGGGGGACAAUAUCUCUGCAGCGGGUUUGGUUUUGCAGGUCGAAAUUUAAAUGUAAACUCGCUUAAUUUUAUAUGUUAUUUAUUCUAAAAAAAAUUAUUGACAAAAUGUUAUACAUCCCUAAUGUAUCAAAGAAUAUUUUAUAAUCUUUAUACUUCAUGAAAUAUAAAAUAAAAACAUUAAAACUUGCCAGAGCCCUAUUUAUAUGAAAAAAUCAUAGUUUGGUAUCAAAAUUAAGAUAUAUUUGGAAUAUUUACGGUUACUUUGACAUUUUAAGUGCAUUGGGAUAGAUUUAUUGACAAAUACACAAGCAGCUCCCUGAAUUCGCCAAAAUCGCGAAGCAACCACUGCCUAGACAUCCAGAUUUGCAGAAACUUUGUCUAUAUUUAAUCAAGUGAAGAGAAAGGUCAUAUUUCCCCUUCCUUUCUAAGUCGACUGAGUCUAUUUAUGGUUCAGGAGUGAUUUAUUAAUUAUAUUAAGGAAUAAAAUGUACAAGUUAUUGUUGGUACUUAAAAAAACGGACUUAAUUCAAACAUUUUCUAUAAAAUAUUGUCACUAUUAUAAAGAGUAAGAGGAGUACAUGAAAAUUCACUACAAAUAUGUACUGAACGGUGUUAUCUCUAUUUCUUCUAUAAGAAUGAGUGAGAUAGCUAUAUAUUUAACAUGUCUGUCCAUAGUUGCAAUUGUUGUAUUCAAUAGAAAUGAGACAUGUACAUUUCAUUGACUGACAAAUCUAUUGUUCAUCAAUUUAUUUUGGAAAGUUCCGCUGUUUUGAUGACACAUAUAUAUCUGUUUUUAAUAGGUGAAAUUAUUUAGUCAAGUCGGUUGUAAUUUCUCUUUUCUAUUAAAUUUACAUUUGUACACUAUAUUGACUAAUACAGCAUGUGGGAAUCUAUCUUGUAAUAAAUUGAAUUGUCAAAGGAAAUGAACAAUAUUUUUACAGAGAGAUUCAAAUAUAGACACAUGCAGUAUCUUUUAAAUAUUUUAAAGCAUAAUUGAAUUUUCAGUACCAUUUUCCAUCAGUUAUUUAGACAACAGUAAGUCUACCAGUAGUAGUUUUUUGAGCUUAUACUUAAUAUCUGUCUAUUUGUAUGCAAAGUUGAAGGUCUGUCUACAAUGAAACCUCAACUAAGUUAUCAGCUAUGUCUACACUGUUACUGCUUAUUUUAUACUUUAAUUAACUAGAACAAAAUCUAAUUGUGACUUAUCUUGUUUGUUAUAUUACUGUAAUUGUUAAACCCGCUAUAUUUUUUUUAUUUAAAUCAAUGUUUAUUAAUUUUAUUUGCUAGUCACAUGUAAAAAAAAUUGUCAAAAAACAAAAUUGUAUGUCCCAAUUGUAUGACAAUGCAAAUUUUUAUUUAAAUUUAAACAAAGAUUUUAAUGUGCAAGGAGGCUUAUGGAAUUGAUUUAUUACUUAACUUGUGUUUGUUUAAUUUUUUUGUUUGUACAUUCCAAAAUAUACAUUUCGGGAACUUGUAAAAGGAAACAAAAUUUUUAUGAUAUAUGAUUUAUUUAAGAACUUUUACAAUGUUCAGUGAUAGAUGAGCAAUAAAUAAAUAAAAACUA